AUGAGACUAAGCAUUUAAAAAUUAAAUUUUGAAAAAACUUAAAAAGAGCAUGAUGAAAUGGUAGAGAUUUUUCACUAACGCUAGAAUGAAAAAACUCUUACAGAGGAUGAAAUUGGAACAAAAAUGGUGUCUACAAAUAGGGUUUAAUCUUCAUUUUAAGAAUUAAGCGCAAAAUAAAUAUUUUAGGAAAUUAACUUUAGCAAUAAAAUUCCAAAUAUAGGGCAAGUACUUAACAGUAAAAAGAGACUUUAGUAUUAUAAUGAAGAUAAUUCAUUUAAAUAAGCUUAAAGUUAAAAUGAUAUUAGCAAUAUUUAAAAUGAGAGUUCUAAAAAUAAUCAAUUUAGCUUCAUAAAGGAAGAACAAAAAUAGUAAUUAAGCUCUUUGAGUGUUUCUGUUUAAUAUGAAAACAAAUCGCUUAUAUAGGAUGAAUAAGUAGAAAACAAAACAAAUAUAUCGCAAAUAUGCGGCAUAAACAGUGACUUAAAUUUUAAUAUUAGUCCAACUUUUAGGAAGAAAAAUGCAAAUAGCCAAACAAAUAUUCCUCCAGACUAGUAAAAUGCUUCAUAACAAGAUGGAUUAAAUUUAAAUAGCCCAUAAAGAUACUCUAAUGUUGAUAGUAAAUCCGCAGAUGCUCAGGAUAAAUCGCAAUCAAUUUAAUUUAGUUGCCAAAAGACUAAUUAGUAAGAUUUAAUAGAAUAGUCAGUUAAUGAUUAAGGUAGAAAUUUAUUUUAAGACUAGUCUUAAUUAAGUGGAAUGGCGAUGGUAAGCUCAAACAAAAAGCAAAAAUAAAGCUUGGCUUCUUAGGUUGGAUCAAGAAAAAAAGAAUCAAAGAAGUUUACAGAAGUGGAAAAGUAAAUACACUAAAAAAAAACAUAAAAAAGAACUGUAAAUUUUAUCCACAUAAUUAUGAAGAUGAAAAACUACGCAUACAAAAUGGCUUCAAAUAUUGAAUCAAAAAGACUUGCGAUGCUAUAAAGACAGAAGUUUUUCUAUUUAAGAGAUAAAACAAUAAAUUAUGACAAUUAGGAGAAGGAAGGUUAUGAGUUUUAUGAUUACAGCCGCUUUUAAAAGUUUAUUCAUCUCAUUUUUUAGCGAAUUUAAUCAAUUAAUUUAAUAAAAAGAUUAAUGCAUAGAACUCCUACUAUUCCUUUAUUUCUACCUUAAUCUUUAUGGAAAUUUAUAUGGGAUAUUUUUAAUAUGAUAAUUGUAAUUAUCUUCUUCUUCUAUCUUCCUCUUUAUUUUAUUUAUGGCAUUCUUUUCAAAGAAGUUUUUUAUUUUGAAGGUCUUGAUAUUUUGCUUGUUAUUAUAGCAACUCUUGAUAUUUUCAUCAAUUUAAAUACAGUCCAGUACAGAAAGGGUAAUCUUCUCCACUCAAGAACUCUUAUCUUGCUUGAAUAUAUUUCUAAAAAUGGUAUUCUUAACAUCUCUUUUGUUGCAAUUUUGUGGAUUGUUUUAGCUUCACAAAGAAGCUAGCUUUAAUUAAUUUAAAAUUAUAGAUUCAGUAUUAUUUUUUUUGUGGUUGCGCUACUAAAAGUUUUCAAAUAGAAUUCAUUCAAAAAUAGAAUUUAUGACAGGUUUUAUUUGAGAAAGAUAAAUCGAGGAAUCAUCAGCUUGAUGCAAAUUUUCUUCAAUUUGUUCAUAGUUUCUCAUGUGUUUGCUUGUAUUUGGCUUGUAGUUGGUAAAAUAAAUUAGACAUAAAAUUCUAUUAUAUGUGGCUAAUAAGACACUUACAAUAAUAUCAAUAAUUGUUCUUAUACUUGGCUUGAUAAAUUAAAAGGAAUACAAAAUCUAACUUUCUAUGAAUAGUAUUUGAGAGCUUAUUAUUUCACUACUGUAACCAUGAUUACUGUGGGCUACGGUGACAUAACACCUGUUAAUAGUAUAGAAUAUUUACUUUCUAUUUUAACCAUGCUUAUAGCUUGUGGUAUGUUUGGAUACAGCUUGAAUUCUAUUGGACAAAUAUUAUCAGAAAUGGACAUUAACAAUAAAGAAUAUGAUGAGCAUUUUAAUGCGAUAUAUGGAUUCAUGCAUAAAAAAAAUAUUUCUACUGAUUUACAGGUGUAAGUAAGAGAAUAUUUGCAAUAUUUUUUUAUCCAGUCAAAUUAAGAAGAUAUUCAAAAAUAGCAAAAAGUAAUCUAAUUAUUGCCAGAGACCCUACAAAAUUAGAUUAUGCUUGAGGCUAAUAAGAUAAUUUUCGAAAACUCAACGCUUUUUAGGAAUAAUUUCAGUGAAUAAAUUAUCUAAAAGACUAUAAAGUUGAUUGAGUAAAAAGAAUUCAGACCUGGUUAAAGGAUUAUUUCCUAAAACGAAGAAAAUGACAAUUGCAUAUAUUUCAUAGAAAAAGGAAGCGUAGAGAUUUAUAACAGUAAUAAUAACGAACAACUAAAGCUGCUUCAUAAAGGAGAUCAGUUUGGAGAAAUUUAAUUCUUUACUGGUUAAGUAAGUCAAGUAUCAGUAAGAAGCGUUGAAUUCACUAAAUUGCUAGUAAUCAAAAGAAGCUGUUUCUUUGAAUUAAUUUAAAGUUCACCCUUAGACUUAGAAAGAUAUUGCAUGAUAAAAGACUCAAUUCUUUACAGUAACAAAUUAGAAAUGGCUGAUGUAUUUUGUUACUGUUGUAAAUCCAGCAAUCAUUUCGUCACCUAAUGUAAUUUCAUUCAUCUCCAGCUUGACAAAUACAAAAUCAUAAAAGAUUAUGUGAAGAAUGAUUUUUAAGUAAGAGACAAAGAUAUUUAAAGAAGAAAGUUCUCUUACCAAACUCUGCAAAUAUAAGAUUAAAUUGAAGAUAGAGCUAGAUAAUUUGUAGAUGAUAAUAUUGAAGAUUUAUAUACGAAAGGAUGGUUCAAUGAGCUCAUUUAGUUAGAGUUUUAAGAUUAGAUCGUUUAAUUCAAGGGUAAUUAUGGAAAUGCAAGCCAUCCUAGCUUGAAAACUGUAAACUAAUAAUAAAACCAAUAAUAUUUUUAGAAAAUGAAGACAAGCUAAGGUAUUUAAAAUCAACUCGCCAACAUCAAAAUUUAAUAUUAGAAAGUGAAGAAUAUAAUUGCUAAUAUUUAAGAUAGCUAAAGUGUGAAUAUGUAUUCAGAGUUAUAUCCGUUUGAUAAGUCUAGUGUGCAAAUAUAAUAGAAAUCUAAUAAUAACUUUUAACAUACAUUUUCAGCAUAUGACGAUUUCUCGCAGAGCCCUCAUGCCUUUAAUUUAAACAAAAAAGUAUAAUUCUCUAUAAAUUCGCUGUAAGAAAAUAAUGAAGAUAAUUAAGCAGAUAACAAGUCUAUUCAAGUUUAGUCUUCUUAAUUUAUCAAUAAUAAUAUUACUCCGAUUAGCUUUCAUCACUAUUAAACUGCUGGAGAUUGCUCAAAUUUCAAUACUCCAACUAAUAGACAGCGCCACCAAUCCAAUAUCUCUGAUACAUCUCCUAAAUCUGCUAAUAAUAAUAUUUAUGUGAACCUGAAUAGUGCAAAUUAUUACCACCAAAAUAAUGGUUAAAAUAAUAUUAACAACUAAACUAUACAUGGAAUUUAGUACCAUAAUCCUUAAGCAAAUAAUCCUUAUAUUAACGAUAUAAUUUAACAAUAUGUAUAUUAUGAGUCUUCUAAUUAGUUGAGCAAUUAAGACACUUACUCUUAAGUUGGUUACUAAAAUGUACAAGAUGAUAACUAAUUCUACAACAGGUAAAUAAAUCAAUAAAAAAUAGCUAACCAAAAUGAACAGCAGCAAAAGUAAAAAGAAUAUGCUAAUUUGAGAGAAAAUAUAAAAAGAAAUACCUUGAUAACAUAAGCUCUUCAUAAAAAGAAAUCUUUGAAUCCUCUAUUAAUGAGCAAGUAAUUAAGUAGUAUAAACUAAAGAUAGGUAAAUGAAACGCUUAUUAAGCAGUUAAAAGAACUGGUUUAAAUGCCUCAUGACCUGACUAUGUAACAAGGUUAUUUUUAAUUCGAAACGCUAAAAAAUUACUAAGUUUAUUUACCUUAAAAUAACUAUGACAGAGUUAUUCUCUCUUAUUCAGUCCUUUUGAGAAAAAAUCAGGCAUUUUAAUAAAUUUACAAAACAAAAAAAAGUUUCUAAAACAAAAAUGAUAAUGAAAAACUCAUUAAAAUUCAAAAAACUUAAGUAUAAAAUAAUAAUGAAAGUUCUAAAAAAUCCAUCCAAUAUUUAAAAAAUUUACUUAUACAAAACUAAUUAGAGAGUUAGUAGGAAGAAUCAAAGGAAGAAAACCACAAAAAUAAUUCAAAAAACUGA